AUGGCUGGCAAGAACAUCAUUGUCCUCGGUGCUACGGGGGAAGUAGGACGUCAGGCGCUUGCGUCUGCUCUCGCUGGUCAGUUGAUCCAUCAGGGCUCCACCAGUCGAUCGUCUCGUCGCACUCGUUGUGGCGCAGGACUGAUGAACUUCUGAUACCUUUCUUCAGCCCCGACCACUCAAAGCGUCUACUCGUUUGGACGUCGACCUCCUCCCGUCCCCGCGGAUGCACCAGGGAUCGACAAGCUCAAGCAUUUCGGCCUCGACUUUGACAAGCUGCUCGCCGGUGAUGCCGCCGAGGGUCGGAAGCUGUCCGAAGUCCGAGCCGACGCUGUCGUCAUCGCCCUCGGUACGACUCGAGCCAACGCCGGUAGUGCGGCCAACUUCAUCAAGAUUGAUCGUGGAUACGUCCUUGCCGCGGCCCAGUCUGCCAAGUGUGAUGACAAGCAGCAGACGCUCGUGUAUUGCUCGGUCAGUCCGGUCUCGGCGAGCGCAUCGUCGGUCACGGCAGUCGGCGUAGAGCGUACAGGUUCGCUGACCGCGUGAGUGCGUCUCUUUACAGUCGGGAGGCUCCAACUCUUCUGCACCGUUUCUCUAUAUGAAGUCCAAGGGCUUGACCGAAGAAAGCCUUGCCGCUCUUUCGUAUGCCGACACCAUCAUCGCUCGUCCAGGCUAUCUCGAAGUCCCCGGCGGAAGGGGAGAGAGUCGAUGGAUCGAAGGCAUCCUUGGGUCAGUGCUUCAGAACGAACGAAGGUGUUUUCCAGCGCCGGCAAUAGUAGGCGACUGCUGAUGAGAUUAUUCUGCGUUUCUUGCGUUCGUAGCAAGGUUACGUUUGUUCUGAGCAAGUUUUCCGAAUCGGUCGCCGUCACAACGCCUGCAGUCGGCAGCGCACUCGUCCGUGCCGCUCUCGAGGGGUCUGAAGCAUUGCAAAAAGCCAGUCUCGGCCACGAGGAACAACUCAACGGUCACAAGGCUUGGAUCUUGCCCAACCCUGCUAUCCUCAAGGCCGACCGCGUAUCCAAAAUUUAA